AUGGACGAGAAGGAAAUCUUAAGUGUCAAGGAAGAGGAAAAAAUCACGGAAUUUGAAAAUGAAGUUGGUUUGGAGCAAUCAUACAGCCAUGUGGUCAAACUAUCAACAUUGCUGCACCAUGAGAUAUCCAAACUUGGGCGUAUCUUUGGAGAGAAUCAACACGUUAUAAGACCAAUGCAGGAGAAGAUUGCCCAAUUGAAGAAGCAUAACCAAAAUUUGGAGGAACAGUUACAAGACUGUCAGGCACGAAUACUCAGAUCAUCUCCUGUGGCUGUCUUGAGUGAUGCUACUGUCUUGGCAGAUUUCAGUAGGAUUCGCGAGACCCUUUCUAACUGGGUUGAGGAGUUGCCUAAAAUUCGUGAAGACUUUGCCGAUCACUUGUCUGCCACAUUCAGCGAGCUUUCUCUUGAUUCUCAUAUAUCCAAAGAUACGAAUAGUUAUCCACAACGGCCUCUUGCAGUGCAGUCUGAACUUCUGAUGCACCUGGUUUUCUGUCGUCUUUCUAAGGGGCUCUUUGAGGUCUUAGUCCCGGGAAUAUCUCCAUCAGAUAACGAUCUCUUGGAUGGCCUUCGUGAGGGGCUGUUGUCGCUACAGUCCAAGAACAACUUCGAGAAUGUGAGUGGUGGGGGUCCGAACAUCAUGGAGGCCUAUGUCGCAUCUCAAAGCUAUCAGAAGGGUGUCGACAGUGUCGACAACGAAUGCUCCAAAAUAAUUGCUGAUUUGGAUGACUUUUUUUGGUGGAUCGACUUUGAGUGCGACGUUAAUUGGGACAGCAAAAUGGCAAGUUUAUCUACAGAUAUUUUGAAACCGGCCGUCAGUCUGGCAACGAAGAUGAGCUGUGCACCCGCGCAAUACAGGUGGAAAUGGUAUGGCGAGGCAUACUUCCCUCAACGAGUCGUACGCAAGUACCACCUGAAACAGUUUACCGUGCAAGACGCCCGCACUCAUAAUAGAAUAUCCUUGGCAAAUCUUGCGCUUUUGGAUGAUGAAACCCCACUUGGCGAGCUCUUGGUGAUAAUUUUCCCUGCAUUGUUCCGGCGGGGAACUCAUAGGAUUAGUGAUGUCUAA